AUGGCGCUUGUCACCCUGCGGUUCCUCUCGGGGGAGAGUCUGGGGAAGUUCCGGGUGGAGCCUUCAGACUCUGUGGAGACCUUGCAGGUCCUGGGUAACGCCAAGCUGCCGGUGGGUCAGUGUAUCAAGUCUCUGCUCCUGAAUGACCAAGAAGUCAGCGGGCCCUUGGAGGCGCUGAAGCUGGAGGAGGAGCCGGUCUUCUUGGCGGUGGUGGCUGAGAACGAGCCGGAGACCUACUUUGUCCACGACAACGGGGGCCGUCCCUUCAAGGUGAAGGUCCUGCGCAGCAGCGAUGCGUCGCCGGGCAAGGUCUGGGUGUAUCCCAUGAUUGAGGGCUCGCAAGCGGACAUCCAGUUCGAGAUGGGGAGCGAACACAGCGAGGAAGACCAAGGCGAUGGCCAAGAGGAGGCCGAGGAGGCCUCUGAGGCCGAGGAGGCAGCGGAACCCGAGGACGCAACAGCGGCGGAGGCCGCGCCGGCCGCGGCCGCGCAGGGGGCCCCGGCGCCUGCGGGUGGUGAGGGAGGCGGCCAGCCUGCGGAGGAAAGCAGUGAGGAGGAGCCGCCCAUCAAGUAUGAGGACAAAACCGUGCUGGAAGAGGCGGUGGAGAGGAUUUUCGUGGGCACCAGCCCGGAGCACGGCAAGGGGUUCAACGGAAACUCGCUGCUGCUGAAGAAGUCGAAGAACCAGUACAUCUUCGUGGGGGACAGCAUCUUCUCGUUCGAGUCCGAGGCCGAGAUCUGCAAGUUCUCCUCGCCGGUGGGGAACAAUGACGUGCCCUACCCCUGGGCCGCGGACGUGGAUGGCCGGUGCUACCUGGUGAUCGAGAACACGGUCCUGAGCGCAGUUCCCGAGGGUGAUCCAUACGAAUACUUCUACGGGGACGACUUCGAAAAGCGCGUUGAUUGGAAGCUGCUGUGGAACAACCAGCCCACGGGCGCCCCGUUUGAUGCCGCGGAACAGUACCAGCGCAUGAUGGGCUCAAAGGGCAAAAAGGAGGCAGGCUUUGCUGUGCGCCGGGCCGACGGGACUGUGGAAAAGGUCGAGAGCGAGGCGGCCUUUGUUGAGUUGGCAAAGAAGAUGAACACCGCCCUGGGGGUUGGACCUUUGAGAGGGGUCAAGGAGUUGGUGGCAAGGCUGUAA